AGUUCUUAUAAAACGGUGCCACGAAAAAACAGUUAUGCACGGAGAUUGACAGGCUUUUAAUUGCUUGUCUGUGGCGCUAACUAUAAAACCAGCCCUAAGUAGAGAGCAAGUGGUCACUUUAAACUAUUUAUUUUCAAUACUGCAACCACACAGAGUACUCAGUCAUACGUUGUAGUAACUUAACGAUAGAGGCCACAACGUCAACAGUAUUUGGAGUUUGUGAGUUUGAUAAUAUUAAUCCAGAAAAAUGAAAGUUCCUCUAAAAACUAUCAAGAUCCUACUUCUAAUAAUAACGUGUUGUUUGCUCGGCUCCGCAUACAGUGUUUCUCUUUUUGGUGUCGAUUUAAAAGCACCAGUAAAAAUUGUGAAAACCGAAAUCCGAAAAAUAAUUAAACCAGAACACACACCUUCAACACAACAACCUUCACUUCAAUCAUUAACGACUAACGAGUUAACCCAGGAAAACAAGCUCUCUACCCGCAAGCCAAUCAAAGAUGACCAUAGCCCUAUUAGCAACACUCAGAAAGUGUCCAGACCUGUAGAAUCUAGUUCGAACAAUAGUUCAACACUAGAGUCCGAUAUUGACACACUUGGGUGGUCGGAAACUGGCAUUGAUUACACUACUGAAACAGAUAAUGAGACAACAACUGAUAUAAACAGCAUCGGAGGUCCUCCGCCCGCGGUCUUAGCGUCGCUUCUUGGCAGUGGUUGAAUCAUGGGUGCACUUAUAUUAUUCAUUUUUAACUUUAAUUUUCUAUACUAGGAUUUUUUUAUUUUUUAUUUAUUGCAUUUAGAUUGUAUUGAAACAUAUUUUAUUUGCUUUCGAAGUGUAAUCGCUUGUGACAAUCCAUAUUAUGCCGGAAUAUUUUGCUCUGUACUUAAAGAAUAAAUAACCAACGUUUGGAUGUCCGUGUUUGAUUAAGGGUCGCUAAUAUUAAAAUUAAAUUACUUGCUUGACAAAUGUCUUAUAGUUUUUUUGUAAAUUAUAUUAAUUUAUAGUGAUCUCUAUAUCGUUAAUAUAUACAAUUCUUUUAUAUUUAAUAAACACUGGAAAGUUAUUCCUUUUAACCCCAAUGUUUUCAAUUCGUAAACAAAAGUGACGCGACCAUAAAGAGAAACAAUAGUUGCCGGGUCGGGGCGAUUUUUUGUCGAUUGACAGACUUUUUAUUUACUUGUCUCUGAUGUUAACUAAUCAACCAAUACCAAUCAGUGAGCACUGACCACUGGUUACUUCUACCAUCUUGUUAUUUUUGUGUCUUUUUAUUAUUAUUAUUUUUUUUUGGCUUUUUCAAUGGCUGCUCAAAUUUAAUAGUUAUCGACAGCGCUAAUAAUUUAUAUUUACCAAACAAUCACUAAAUAUAUACACACUUUAAUUUAAAUAUAAUUACCGGUUUGAAUACAAACGUAGACGCCAGUAGGAAAAUCAUUACGGGUAUAGUCAUUAGGUAUGACAAAAAGACAAAACGCUCUAAAAAAUAUGCGUCGUUCAUAAGGAGGUAAAAAAGCGUCACUAGUCACUCCUCUUAACGACAGGGGCCAAGUCGCAUCUCCAUUUUGUAUUUGUGGAUUUGAUUUAAUUGAAAUCCAGGAAAAUGAAUAAGUCUCCUGGUAUAAAUAUUGUGGUGCAAUUUUUAAUGAUAACGUGUAGUUUGCUCGCUUUGGUAUUCAGUGCUCCUUAUUAUGCGUUUGGUACGUCAGCACCAGCAAAAGUAAAAACUGGAAUCGGGGAAAUUCCACAAGUAUUUAAGAUCCAAAAGCCACAAAACACCAACUUUCCUUUUGGUAGGAGCAAUCGGUUUUCCAAUGAUGACAACAGCGAACAAAACGGGGACUACUUUUACCCAGCUCCUGUAGGCAUAUAUGAAAUAAUUCAACCACAACAAUCUCCAGAGAUUAACCAAUUAACUCAGGAAAACGACCAGUACUCUGACACCCGCAUUCCAAUUAAAGAUGGCCAUGACCCUAAUUACAGUGAGAAAGCUGCUGGGUCAUUGCCCGUGCAAACUAAUCGGAAAACUGGAUCGGAACAGGAUUCCGAUAGUUACACACUCAGCUGGUCGGAAACUGGCACUGAUUAUACAACUGAAACAUCUGAAUAUGAGACGACAACAGGUAUUCUGGUGAAUCGUAUCGGCGGAACCGGAGGAGCUUCGCCUGCAAUAGUAGCCUCGCUUCUUGGUUGAACUUGGAAGCAAGACUCUAACGUAACAUAACAUGAAUUUAAUUUAAAAUUAGUUUUAUAAUAAUAUUUACGGCCAAAUCACGCAAUAGCUGUGGCCAAAAAUGGCUAUGACCCCUCAUCACUACACUAAUACGAAAUUAAUUUAAAAAAAUGAUUUGUCGUAAUUUAAGUUAAUUUUAUUUAUGCACAGGUAGUUUUUUGGUAGGUAUCAAUUGAUUUCGUUUUUAAUGUCUUUUAGUGUCUUUAACUUUAUAAUUGUUAUACUAUAUUGUUAUAUUAUAAUCAUAAACAUUAAAAAUCAAAAAUAAUAGAUGUAUUAUAUCUCUAUAAGUAGAUAAUUUAUACUUUCACAAUUGGAGGUACAUACAAUAAGCGUCAGAAGUUGCUGAACGGGCAAGAUAUUUAAAUACUCUGUACACAAGUUUAUUGUUGAGAGAAUAAGAGCGUACACAUGGAGCCUAGAUAGAAUUUAUUAUGUAUCAACGACAGCUAUGCUCCUAAAUUUGCUUUUUUUCGAAUUUUUAGUUAUACCUACCUGCUACCCGCGCCUAAAUUACAAAUAUAUAGGGAAAGCCCUCUUUAUGCAGCAGCUAAAUGCUACAAUCAUAUUCCAGACUAUAUAAAGGCUGAAGAAAAGGAUACAAAAAAGGAUAAAAAAAAAUUAAAUGUUUCCUUGCGAGAAAAGUGUAUUACUCUGUUAAAGAUUUCUUCGCAGAUAGCUUUAUUAUGAAACAUAGUUCUAUUUAGUCUUAUCAUUGAAUACGAUGCUACCUUAUAUGCUUUAUUGCAUGACAUAUGUAAAUAGUUUAUAUUAGUAUAAGGAAAGGUUUGCCAUACCCUAAUAGGGUCCAUGAGAUACUUGUAUAAAUGCUGUAAAAACUCUUGAUUUUUACCAUGGUGCAAUAAAUGAUGAUUGAUUGAUUGAUUGAUGAAAAUAUUUUCCAAAAUAUCAAUAUCCAGAGAGGAAAAUGGGGACUACGUUAGUAUGGAGAGUCGGCCGUCCAAUUUCCUCUUAACCCAGUCUGUAGUGACCCUGCUUAAGAAGCAGGAGGUCCCGGGUUCGAAUCCUGGUAAGGACAUUUAUUUGUGUGUUUAUCACAAAUAUUUUAUUCUAAGUUAUGGAUGUUUUCUCACUUUCCAUAUUCCUAUUCGUAGCCUUUUCUUAAAUAACGGUAGGUGAUGUGUUGUAUCAAUAGUUAGCAUGAUUUGCACUGGCUGCCUGAUGUUGCAUAGCGCAGUGGCCUCGCCGAUGUUUUCUAUGUGUAUUUUAAGUAUUUAUGUGUACCUAUUAUGUAUUAUAUUUAUCGUCAUCUAGUACUUACCACACAAGUCUUAUUGAGCUUACUGUGGGACUCGGUCGACUUGUAAGAUUGUCCUUAUAAUAUUUAUUUAUUUUAUCCUUAUAGUAAAAUUUAGCUCGUGACACCACUAGGCUAUAUAUUACUAUAGUAACUAGCUAUUGUAUACUAAAAUUACACUGUUGUGGUAUGCAUGACAAGGAAAAUUAGGCAUG